AUGUUACCAAAUAAACUGGUUGUAAUCUACUGCCAACAAACGACGCAAGAACAACGUCCCAACGAUAACAGUAUCAACACCAGCAGCAACAUCAUCAACAGCAACAACAAUUGCAUUAACACGAGGAACAGCAGGAACAGCCAAGGCAACAACAUCAACAACAAUAACUGCGUCAUUGGCAAUUGCCAACAUCACAGCGUGAACGACAGCGAUAGCGACGCCACCAGCGACGACGACGCCGACGACGAGGACUACGUCAAUGACGGCCACGCCUCAAUCAAGUAUGAAAAUUGUGUUGGUCAAGUGUGUCGUGUUUGUGGUUGCAUUUUGAGUGUGUUAACGUCGUUACCAAGUCUGCAGCAACAAGCGAGCACGCAUCCCGUUUGUAUUCCAGACCAACAACAACAACACGAACAACAACAGCAGCAAAAGCCAUUGCAACAGCAAAACCAAGAAAAGCUAAAACAAAAACAAAUACAAAAACAACAACAACGUCAACAACAAUAA